UUUAAUGAGCCCCCAGGCUUUCUGGAAUACCCUCAGCGCGCUCCCGAAGUACAGAUGUCCACAGUUUUUAUAAUGAUUUUCGCUCAAUCCCCGUCCUGUUACCACCCAGGUUCUGCCCCCACCACGCCUCUUGGAAAUUGGGUCUGGGGGCGUUUUGGGACCCCCUCUUCUUCAUCUUCUUCAGAGCACGUAAUGUCCUUGGAGGCCUUCCAGAAUUCUAGGCCUGAAGGUUGUUGGGUCUACGGCUGUAUCUUGUUCCGUAGGGUUAGGGUGUUCUUCUACCAUACUACCUUGAAAAAGACACUAAACAGGCUAUGGAAUUUAGGGAAUGGGUAACAGGGUUUUGAGCUGGUGUGUUAAGGGUAAAGGGAUAAUAUGUUGCUACUCUAAAAUCUACAUUUACUACAUAACUACUUCUAAGAUCUACAAAAAUUAAAAAAAAAUCAAAACAUCAAAACUCCAAGAUAUCACUCUAACCAGGCUAUGUGAGGAGCAGGAGCGACCAACAUAGAACCACAUCCCACACAGGACACAUCCCGCACGGAACCGUGCACAGUGUUGAGUUUGUCACACAACACUUAUUUUCAGCUUUGGGGAUAUGAGAGUUUUAUAAGUUGCUGAUGAGGAGGUAGCGGUCAGUGGAACGUUGGGAGCUCUGGAACCACAUUUGUAACAAGUCAAACUGGCCCAAUCCAGCUUGUUCGGUAGCAAACUGUGCAGCUUCGAUGAAAACACCAUAUUUAGAUCAAAGUUCAGAGGCUCAACGACCACCAGGUGCCCAAAGACUCUGCUAGAAGACUCUGUGAGACUACACAGACUCAAUAUUGUAUCACCUUGAGCCAAGUGUGCACCUCAGGCAAGAGUCACUGCCCUGUGCAUCCAGCACUGCAAUAAAGCAGCGCCUGAUGCUUAGUGCUACCUUGGUGUUAAGUAGCUUCAUUCCUGUUUUUUGGAGACAAUAGCACAAUGCCUACCUUGUUCUAUUCUGUAGCUAAAAGUAGUUGGAUUUUAUCUUUUGCACACUUCCAGAACCUCCAGAACCUAGUCACCAUCUGCAUUCUGAGGACGACGCGGGGAUCUGCUCUUUUGCCCUCAUUCAAUGUAAGAGAGUUUAAUUGAAAUCUUACAUAUACUUGGACUGUGUAUUCCUGAUUUGUACGAACAAGUCCAUUAAUGCCAGCUUACACCUCCUGCAGCACGUGAAGCCUGGUGGAACACUGCGAUGGCGGCUCAGAUGACUGAUGCUCAUCGACGGUUCUUGCAGGUUCUGAUGUCUAAGGGGAUAACAGAAGGAUCAGAGGCCAGGAAAUUACACCACCACUGCUGUGAAACUGAUAAAGUUUACUACGCACAUGAUAAACUGGACGAUUUCAUCAGCACUAUUAACAGGCACCUGCAGCCUUUGUUUAUGCAGAUCCGGAAAGGAAUGUCAGAAGAGGAUGGGAGAGCACAUUAUGCUGUAGUGAAUUUGGCAGAAACUGAAGUAACUAAAAUGGCAUCUGACUAUACAGAAAUUGAAUUAGAGUUGUUUAGAAAAACAAUGGACCUAAUCCUUUUAUCAGAAAAUGGCUUUGCCUCAUCUACAGAUAUUUUAAACUUGGCUGACAAACUUAAGACAAAGAAAAUGAAGAAAAAGGAAGCAGAACAAGUGCUGAAAGUUUUUGUGGAGGAUAAGUGGCUCUCUGAGAAAAAUGGAGAAUAUACUCUGCAUACUCGUUGCAUAAUUGAAAUGGAACAGUACAUUCUCAGCAACUACCAGGACGUGGCAAGGAAAUGUAACAUCUGUCGCAGCCUCGCAGUCCAGAGCCAAGUAUGUGAAUCCUGUGGAAUUGGAAUGCAUUUACCUUGUGUUAGAAAGUACUUCAAGGCUCAGACUGAACCCCGCUGUCCGAAGUGUAAUGAAUUCUGGUCUUGUGACAUCCCAGGUAUGAGUCGAAUGAACUCCCAGUCACCAUAGAGCUCCAUUCUCAGCCCUAGAUGAUGAUAGUAGACUUGCUGUCAGUGACAGCUGUUUUCACUCACUCUGGCAGAAAAGCCAGAUUGUAUUGUAUUCAUUAAUAACAGUGGUCAGUGUACUUAUUUUCUGUCCUUAUAAUAAAACUAUCGUUGACUUUCCUGUUCUUACUUACA